ACUUCCUGGACAAAAAUGCCACAAUGGUUUGUGAUUAUCCUCAAAAUUAUUUAAAGAAACUUGUMUGGAAUAAAGUCAAGUCAAAUGCUCCAGAUUUCUAUCAUUUAUUAGAAAACAUGUACAUUGAACAUGAUGAAUUAAAUUUGCUAUUACGACAACACAAAGAUGCUGGUGGUGCAUUGACAAGUAAGGAAGUGGCUUGCCRUUGGUUGCRGAAGAAGAAGKCAGUAUGGGUGUYKUGGUUGUCAAGUGGUUUACCGUCUGGCAAAGUACCAGUGUAUUUGGGUGGCAUGUUUCCAAUGGAUGACAAUAAUGGUGCUUUGUGGGUUAGACCUGGAAUUCUUACAGGUGCAACCAUGGCUCUACAAARGAUAAAUGACCAGCCUGACAUCCUCACCAACUACUCUCUCCACCUUAUCACCAAAAGUACUCAAUGYCAGACAUCCUUGGUCCUUAACAGCUACAUCCAGUUUGUCUCCUCACAAAACUACUCCCUAGUAGGAAUACUUGGACCUGCYUGCUCCAUGCAGGCUGAAAUACUUGCUGAAGUCUCACCCUUUUAUAAYACAAUWGUGAUGGGUUACAGUCUAGAGGGAAUCAACCUUGCAAACCGUCAAAAAUACCCACUGUUUUUCAGAACUUCACCAAGUUAUUUUGAAUUCAAGAAGGCAUAUUCUGCUUUAUUUUAUGCCUUGAAUUGGAAGCAGUAUGCCGCAUUGACAGAUGUCAAUUAUGURUCUGGGGUAGUUACUGCGAUUCAUGAGUACCUGGCCGAUAGAGGUAUCAAGCUGGUGUAUUCCAGGUUUAUAGCGCUGCAGGARAGUGCUGAUAUYAAGAGUUAUUUGGAGUCUAUAAGGAAGAGCAAUGCAAGGAUUAUUUUAGGGCAUAUGUUUGAGGAUGUGGCAAGGAAAGUGGUUUGUGAGGCUAUUAAACAGGGUAUGACCCCUGACAAUCAUUAUGUAUGGUUCUUCCCAUCCUGGUUACAGCCUGGCUGGUAUUUCAGCAAUUCUACCAAGACUGGUCCCCAUGGRAACCACUUCAAAGCAUCAACUGGAUGCACAGACAAUGAAAUGCUGGCAUUUAUAAGCAAGGGUUACUUUUCAUUGGACAAUUCAUUCUUUGCAYAUGGAAAUACUAAUGUAGUUGGUGGUUACACCGUUGAGGAAUGGAAAGAAGUGUACAAGAAGCAAGUCGCAGCUAAGGGCCAUCCAACAUCACUUUAUGCAAGCUUUGCUUAUGAUGCUGUSUGGGCUUAUGCCCUUGCCCUUGACAAGCUGUUUUCAAAACAUCCAUCAUCACUUGACACUAUAAGAACAAACUUUACCACUCAGAAUCAUUCCGUAGGCUAACUGGGUUGUCAUGUGACUGGGCCAUUGCCGUCAUUAACAUCAUAGCCAUUGGCCUAUUCCUGGUUGUUGUCAUCACUUUGAUUUGGAUUUGCAUCAAGAGAAGAUACGAUCUAAAGUACAAGAAAACAAGACAGCGCAUGGAGGAACUUGGUCUCAUGUAUCAGUCUCCCAUCAUGCAAUUGGAUGACUGGGAAGUCCCUCGUGAAGAUGUGGUGCUCAAUCGUAAGCUUGGYGAAGGGGCCUUUGGGACUGUAUUUGGUGGGGAAGCCAAAGGACUUGGCGAGAGAAGUGAAUGGAUGCCKGUGGCUGUUAAGACUUUGAAAGUUGGCUCCUCACUUGAGGAAAAGCUGGAGUUUCUGAGUGAAGCUGAAACCAUGAAGGUAUUCAAUCACAAGAAUAUUGUCAAGUUAUUGGGAGUGUGCACGAAGGGUGAACCUGCCCUGGCUGUCAUGGAAUUGAUGAUCCACGGUGACCUGAAAAGUUUUUUACUGGCUAGAAGACAGUAUGUCAAUCAGGCUUGUAAAGAGGCUGAAGAUGUGGUUCCAGCUCGACUUACCAACAUGGCUUUAGAAAUAGCUAGUGGGUUAGCCUACUUAUCUAACUUGAAGUAUGUCCAUAGAGAUCUGGCUUUACGUAACUGCAUGGUUGGGUCUGGUCACGUCGUUAAACUAGGUGACUUUGGUAUGACCAGGGCGAUGUACGAUUCAGACUAUUACAGAUUUGGACGCAAAGGAAUGCUUCCAGUUCGAUGGAUGGCCCCAGAAUCACUUGCGGACGGUGUCUUCACAACCAAGUCRGAUGUGUGGGGMCUGGGUGUGACUCUAUGGGAGCUAUGCACWCUGGGUAGUUUUCCUUACCAGGGCCUYUCGAACUCAGAGGUKGUUGUAUAUGUGAAAGAGGAGAAUAUUAUGGAUAUGCCACGUGAUUGCACGCCUCGUCUUUCUCAGCUGUUGUAUCAGUGUUGGCGGCCAGACCCCAACGAUCGUCCUGAACCAAUCACAAUCAUUGAAAUGCUAUCCAAUGACAUCAAAAUGAUCACUCCCUGUCUAGACGCACCAAUCGCGAGCAUCGCUCCUGACGAUGAUCUCAUCGACACCGAUAGCGUUACCGCUGACAAACCYGUGAGCCCGCGACUUAUUUCRCGCAAAUUUUCCCGCGCAAAACAGCCUGCAACGYUGUCGCCGACGUCUUCGCGUUCUCAAAGGCCUGGUGUUGCCAGGCAACUAUCGGAGGAUCAGUUAAGAACAAUGAUGAGUAGUCUAACCCCCCCUGGAAGUCCGACGCAGGGCGAAAGGAAGGAAGAAUUUGUCUAAGGGUUUUUAUGGCAAUAAUUCGUGGCUGGUGUAUAACUAGUAAAGGAAUGCAAAGAAGACAGUGAAAAUAGUUGUAA